AACUUUUCUGACGCAUAUUUUCGUCGAAAUUCUAAUUCCCGAGACAUUCGAAGUGGGAAGAAAUUUUUCGAAAUUGCGUUCUCGAAAUGAUUCGAGACAAUCCAGUUUCCUUCAAUACCGAUGGAAUUCUUAACCUCGGGGUGUCGCUCCGGGGAGACGUAAACAAUACCGGCACUCUCCACGUCACUUUGUAAUUAAUAGUAAUAAUGUCACCACGUGCACAUAAACAAGAAUCGCACAUGAAGGAGAGCCAGAAGGUCUGCCGAGAGGCCAAUACCCAGUGGUCGAGGGACAAAUUGCUGCUCCAAACAUUUGCUCUUGUUUCCUCCAUCAAGGUGCUCUUAGUGCCCACGUAUCAUUCAACGGAUUUCGAAGUCCACAGAAAUUGGCUAGCAAUAACUCAUAGUCUCCCAAUUAACGAGUGGUACACCAACUCAGAGUCAGAAUGGACGUUAGAUUAUCCACCUCUGUUCGCCUGGUUCGAGUGGCUGUUGAGUCAAUUCGGGAAGCUUGUGGAUCCGGAGAUGCUAAAGGUGGAUAAUUUGAAUUAUGCAUCUGGGAGGACAGUCCUGUUCCAGAGGGCAACGGUGAUGAUUUCGGAUUUGGCUCUGGUGUAUGGAGUACGAGAAAUGGGAAAGGUUUAUUCCACUUCCUUCAACAGUUUCGCUGCAUUCUCAUUCUUAACUCUGUGUAAUAUGGGAUUAUUGGUAGUGGAUCAUAUUCACUUUCAGUAUAAUGGCUUUCUCCUGGGAAUUUUACUGAUCGCAAUUGCCAAUGUAUCUAAACAAGAUCAGAUGAGUACUCUAGUGGGUGCAGGUGCAUUUGCAGUAUUGUUAAACCUGAAGCAUCUCUAUCUGUACGUGGCACCUCCAUUCAUCGUUUGGUUGCUGAAGUGGUACUGUUUAAGGUCUGGCCAUUUCUUCCUUCGAUUGAUUCAGCUUGGAGGGAUAGUUCUCACUGUUCUAGCUGUAUCUUUCGGACCAUUCAUGACUCAACUGCCGGAGGUGUUAUCGAGGUUAUUCCCCUUCAAAAGGGGCCUGGUGCAUGCCUACUGGGCUCCUAAUGCCUGGGCUCUCUAUAUAGGGGCUGAUAAGAUGUUAUCACUCGUUUGGAAACGACUGGGCUUGCCGACGACGACCAAAACUGCUGCCAUGACUGGUGGACUAGUCCAGGAAGGGGAAUUGAGUGUUUUACCUACUCCAACGCCACUUGUCGCGUUCAUCGCGACAUUCUUAGCUAUUCUGCCAGCUCUCAUUAUUCUCUUCAAAAGGAAACAAAACCUGCUCAAGCCACGUGAUUUUGUCGAAUGUCUCGUCUUAUGUGGCCUCAGUUCAUUCAUCUUCGGUUGGCAUGUCCAUGAAAAAGCCAUUUUAACUGCCAUUGUGCCACUGUGUGUUCUAGCUACACUCGACUCUUUCAAUGCCCGAGUGUUCAUGAUCCUCAGCGCCGCAGGUCAUACCUCGAUUCUACCUUUACUCUUCCCUAAAAACCUCACAAUCCUCAAAAUCACAAUGCUGUUGACCUAUUCCGCAGCCUCGUGCGUCUGUCUCCCAAAAUUACACAGGACUUCAUUACUGAAAAUCCACGAGUGGCUGUAUGUCGCAGUUCUCCCGUUGGUGACUCUCUACGAAACUCUCAUCCAUAGAAUUGUCUUCGGCGAAAAAUUACCGUUCUUACCUCUCGCUGGAACUUCUGUUUACUGCGCUAUUGGGGUCUUGUACUCGUGGCUACUGUAUUACCACAAUUAUUCGUGUGGCCAAAUGAAAGAAACCAAAACUAUGAAGAAGAAGAAACGGUGAAUUGUACUGAAUGAACAUUUGUAAAUAACAAAAACCAUUGUAACGAUUUU